ACAGUCUCCAGCAACACUCGAACAGGAUAAAGAAGAGGACGCUUGCUUGUGUCUUCUCAUUUAACUUUUCUCUCACAAUGGACUCCUUUGCUAUCUUUUGCACUGGAGCUCUCAUCGCCUGCGGCCUCUACUGGUUCCUCUGCAUUCUCGGCCCCGCAGAGCAAAAAGGCAAACGAGCUGUAGAUCUAUCCGGCGGCUCGAUCUCCGCCGAGAAAGUCCAAGAUAACUACAAGCAGUACUGGUCUUUCUUUCGCCGCCCAAAAGAGAUUGAAACGGCCGAGAAAGUCCCCGAUUUCGUUGACACAUUCUACAACUUAGUCACCGAUAUCUACGAGUGGGGAUGGGGCCAGUCCUUUCACUUCUCUCCCUCUGUCCCAGGCAAGUCCCACCGCGACGCCACGCGCCUCCAUGAAGAGAUGGCCGUUGAUCUCAUCGACGUCAAGCCCGGAGAUCGAAUCCUAGAUGUGGGAUGCGGCGUUGGUGGGCCCAUGCGAGCCAUCGCGGCCCACUCACGCGCCAUUGUUGUGGGCAUCACCAUUAACGAGUACCAGGUGAACCGUGCGCGUUUGCACAACAAGAAAGCAGGCCUAGAUUCACUUUGUGAAGUUGUGUGUGGUAAUUUCCUGGAGAUGCCAUUUCCGGACAACAGCUUCGACGGCGCGUACUCUAUUGAAGCUACAUGCCACGCGCCCAAGCUGGAUGAGGUAUAUGCGGAGGUAUUCCGCGUCUUGAAGCCUGGAUCUCUCUACGUGUCCUAUGAAUGGGUCACAACUGACAAGUACAAGGCUAACGAUGCUGAACACGUGGAGAUCAUUCAAGGCAUUGAAAGAGGAGAUGCCUUACCUGGUCUCAGAAGCUACACAGACAUUGCCGAGACGGCGAGGAAAGUAGGGUUCGAGGUGGUGAAAGAGAAGGACUUGGCAAAACCACCAGCGCUCCCAUGGUGGACGAGACUGAAGAUGGGCAGGAUCGCCUACUGGAGGAAUCACAUUCUCAUCACUAUAUUGGCUGCCUUGGGGAUUGCGCCGAAGGGAACCGUCGAUGUCCAUGAGAUGCUUUUCAGAACCGCCGAUUAUCUGACGAAGGGCGGCGACACUGGGAUUUUCACUCCGAUGCAUAUGAUUCUCUGCAGAAAACCUGAGACACCUUCAAUUCUUAACCCGCCCAAAAAAGGUUGAGGUAACACCUGGUUUUUUAUGUUGCAGUAACUCUAUUCCACCACCCCUUUCCCUGGUGACUUUAGUUUUCUUUCCUUUUUUAGGCUUUUUUUUUCUUUUUCACUUCUACAUCUUGAUUUUUGUUAUGAUCUUUUGUAUUUUUGUUUUGGAAUUUAUUUAAAUGUCUUGGCUGGAUCUUGGGGUUGAA